GGUCCCAACCCCGCUUCCAUAGGCGGCCCCGUCGCCUCGCCCUUCUCGCGGGUGGGUCGUGCCCACCCUCUCUUCAGGCAGGGGGCGGGCAGGCUGCAGCCUAAGCCUCGGCGUCGAGGACCGCGAGCUGUCUUUUAAACAACGUUUGUACGCUGACGGUUGAAUGAGCACAAUGAGCAGUGAAGAAGAAACAUGGGAGAAACUGGAUGCGGAAUUCGAUCAUUAUGUUGUGGAUAUGAAGCCUUACGUUUUGAAACUACCUCACAAAUCAGAACGUCAGAGAUGUGCCCUUUGGAUUAAAAAACUGUGUGAACCUUCUGGUGCUGGUACGGGGAUUGUUGGUCGAAAGAACCGGAACCUGCAUGCAAAACUUCUGCUACAUAUGCUGAAAAGAGGUGUUCUGGAAGGCCCCUUUACACAGAAACCUGAAACAGGAACGCUGAAAACCCUGCCUUCGUACAUGUCAAUCUAUUUUGACGAACCAAAUUCCACAAGAGUGUGGAGAGAGAACCCGGAAGACUUACCUGAUUGGGUCAUGGGAGAACUCGGACAAAGUGAUUCUAAACUGGACGAAUCCUGGAAACUUUCUUUUAGAGAAGAGUCUGCUUUGGUAGCCUCACCACUUGUUCACAGGGAACAGUAUUCACAUAAAGGACAACUAGCAUUAAAAUCGCAUUCUCUUAGUCCGCCUCAUCGAUCAGAAGAUGACAUCUUCUCUAAGACUCCUGAAGAUCAUCGUACCAAAAAAUUUUCUUUGGAUGACAGUGACCUUGAAGCCCGUCUCAACAGUUGGAAUCUUGGGCUGGAAAAUCCCAGAUACUUGCGUGAGAAACCUAUACCCCUGUCACUGAUGUCACCCAAGACUGGAAUGGGGAAAAACAGCAUUUCUCGGGAUGAAAAAGUGUUCCGUAUGCAUGAAAAAGAGCUGGAGAUGAAAACGAAAAUCAUGGAAGCUAGAAUUCAUGAAGAAAAGCUUAAAUUACAACAGAAGCAUGAUUCAGAUGUUCAGAAGAUUUUGGAUCGAAAAAAUAAUGAAAUUGAAGUACUGAAGGCUCUGUACAAAACAAAACAGAAUGAAGCUGAAGAAACUAUUCGAAAACUUGAAAAAAAAGUUCAGACUCUUGUCCGUGAAUCACAAGUCAUUAGAGAAGCUAAGGAAAAACAGAUUGUGGAGCUAAAAAAGUUAUGUGAGCAAAGUACAGAUUCGCUGAACAACGAGUGGGAGAAAAGGCUCCAUAAUGCUGUGGCUGAAAUGGAAAAGGAAAAGUUUGAUCUCCAGAAGAAACACACAGAAAAUAUCCAGGAAUUGCUGGAGGAUACAAAUGCACGCCUAAGUAAAAUGGAAACCGAAUAUUUGGCACAAACCAAAGCAACUAACCAGAUGGUCAAAGAGCUGGAAACCCGUGUCCAUCAGUUGACUAUGGAAGCUGAAAGCAGCAAUUUGCUACGUCAGAAAUUAUCUCAAGAAAAGACUAAUCUGGAACAGUCCUACCAGGCUAUAUGCACUGAACUUCAAGAAGCCAAGACAAGAUGCAACUCACUCCAAAAAGAGAGAGAACGUAUUGUGCGAGAUUAUGAGAAGGACAUUCAACAGCUACAAGGCAAAUAUGAUGCUGACCUAAAUUUCAUGAAGCAGGAGCACGCUCAUUCUGCGGCUAAGGCGUCCGAUGUGAUUGAAGAAUUAGAGCAGUGUGUUUCUCAAUUAAAACAACAGUUAGUAGAACUGGAACAUCAAAGACAGCAACAGCUGAGGGACCAAGAGCAGACAUUUCUACAGGAGAAAAUUCAUUUAGAGAGAUCUCAUGAAAGCAAGAUCCAUGGAUUACAGAAUGACUUUGAUAAAGAGAGAGCAGAGUCUCAUAGGAGAAUACGAAGACUGGAAGACAUUCUGAAGGAGAAGGAGGAGCAGUUGACUCGGGUGAUGGAGGUACAGAGGCUGCAGGCCCAGCAGGCUGACGCUGCCCUGGAGGAGUUUAAGCGGCAGGUGGAGCUGAACUCAGAAAAGGUCUAUGCUGAAAUGAAAGAGCAGAUGGGAAAGGUGGAAGCAGAUCUAAGCAGAUCAAAAUCUCUUCGUGAAAAGCAGUCUAAAGAAUUCUCCUGGCAAUUGGAAGAACUCAAGCAAAGAUAUGAACAACAGAUAGUAGAGCUGAAGCUGGAGCAUGAACAGGAGAAGACGCACCUAUUCCAACAGCAUAACACAGAAAAGGAUUGCCUGGUCCAAGACCAUGAACGGGAAAUCGAAAAACUAGAAAAACAGCUUCGGGCUGCCAUGACAGAGCACGACAAUAAAACUCUGGAAUUCAGGAAGCGAGAUGCGCAGAUAAUCUGUGAUAUGGAAGCCCAGAUCCAUACACUGAGAGAAGAGCUUAUUCAGGUGAAUGCUCAGAGAAAACAGCAACUAGUUGAGCUUAGCCUCAUCAGAGAAGAAGAAAAGCAAAGGACUGCUCGGGACCACGAAACUGCCAUGAACAAGCUAAGAGCUGACUCGGAAAAGACGAUGUUAGAUUUUAAAAAGAACAGUGCUGCAGAAACAGAGAUGGUUUUGGAAAAGGCCAACGGCAAGUUGAAGCAGAUUGAAAAGGAAUACAGUCAGAAAUUGGCCAAAUCUGCACAGAUCAUAGCUGAACUUAAGACAACCGUUUCCUCUCUGACAGAGGAAAGCAGCCAGCAGCAGCUUGCCGCAGAAAGGCAUCUACAAGAUGUUGUACAAAAGUCUGAAGAUGAGAAGCAGCAGCUGAUUAGAGAUAAUGACAGAGCAAUCAAGGGUUUGCAAGAUGAGGUGGAGAACUAUUGCAGUCAGGUUCGCUUGGCAGAAAAGAAGUUGCAGCAUAGAGAUCUGGAGAGACAAGAACAGGUGACUAAUAUACGGCAAGAAUAUGAAACUAAACUUAAAGGUCUGAUGCCAGCAUCUUUGAGACAAGAACUCGAAGACACAAUUCUUUCAUUAAAAUCUCAGGUAACUUUUCUGCAGAAAAGGGCAUGCAUCCUGCAAGAGGAGCUGAACACAUACCGCACCAGAAGGUAGCCACGGGAGCUGGCUGAUUUGCCUGUGUCUGAUGGGCUUCUUUCAGCAGGUUUGAAGAUGUGGAUCUUGUGAGCUGAUUUAAGAGAUCAAUGAUUGUUUUGUUAUAGCAGACAAUGUAAUUGGCCUUACCAAAAGCAUAUCACUCAUUCAUAACAGAAUUUUAAGUUAUCAAUUAUUUGAUUUAUUUUAUCAUUUAUAUUUACAGAUUUUUAUCCUUUUGAUAUAUUCAGUAUUUAUGUAUGCCAAUAUAGUUACUGAAAACUUAAUUUUGCUUGCUCACGUUGCUUUUGUUACCGGCUUCCUGACGCAGUUUUAUUCACUUUUAUGCACUCUAAAAAAAUCACG